AGAUCUCAGAAGAAAAACAGUUUUUGUAGCUAAACAUGGCAGGUCUCAAGUCUCUGGUGUAUCUGAGCUCGCAAGCUGCAUUGCUUGUCUUGCUCAUAGCAGUUGCCGCGCAGACCCAGAUGGCCACCUCACAGAGCUGCGCCUCCGAGCUCAACAACCUCAACGUGUGCGCCCCGUUUGUGGUGCCUGGUACUAAUAGCGCCAGCCCUAGUGCCGAGUGCUGCAAUGCUCUCCAGUCUGUGGACCACGGCUGUUUUUGCAACACCAUUAGGAUUUCAGCUCGCUUGCCUUCACAGUGCAAUCUCCCACCUCUGGACUGUGCUAAUUGAUCAUAAGGAAUCAAUGCAGCAAGUCCAGGGGAGGGAAGUGAAUAAUAAAAUUAUGUCAGAAGUUUACCCC